AUGAAGCCCAGUUGCAGUCCUUACACUUACACAGAGAUCGCAGUACUAGCAAAACAACCCUGGGAUAGGAACAGCGCCUCCCAUUUGACUGAAUUGUUGAAAACAGAUUCUAAAUCUGUCAUUGUUUUGUUGAAAACAACUUCCAAUUCCUAUUCGUAGUUUAAAAGCUGCAUAGUGAAGAAGCUGGUUUCCCAAAUGCCAGUUGCUGGUCACCCAGUUCCCACAGGGUGGCAGCAAACGUACAACAGAAGCCAAUCUGCUGUUAUCCACAGUGGCUCAAUGCUAGGAUAUAUCUGUCAUCACAAUAUCCGAAUAGCUCAUUAUCACAUUGGGAUGCUUGAACAAAGCAAAUGAAGUGUUUGUGGCUUAUGAUGGUCCCCCGAUAGUAAACUAUUAGCUUGUAGUUCUAGUGAUGGCCUACUGAAUAUCUGGCCUGAUGAUCUCAGUGGGAUAAUGCUGUUAAAUGUCAGCCAUUGCAAUUGCUUCAUUGGAGAUAUAUGGCCAGGUGCAUCACUCAGGAACCUGGCCACCAUACCAGCUGCAGCUUCCAGACCAAGUGCAAAAGUAGCCACAAACAGAGCUAUGAUGUGGUAUCCAUGGCAAUCUGCAGUCAUUGCUACUGGAGGAGAAGUGAAGGAUCAGUGUUUGCGCAUCUGGAACACAAACAACUUGAAGCAGCUUGAAACUGCACACUGUGGAUCUCAGAUGUUGCCCAAAGGUCAUUCAUGUGAAGCAUUUUUUUCUGAGUGGGACCAAUGCUUGAUUGCAAGAAUUUUGCAUAUGGCACUGACCCCAGAAGGAAACAGAAUUUUUACUGCUGCAGCUGAUGGCAUAGCCUGUGUCUGGAAAUAUGGGAUUGUGUCAGUAAGCCAGUGA